GUUGAAUGUUACGUCUUGACGGUCGCUAAAUUAGUCGCUGGGCUCUGCCAAUACACACACACAAGCACGCACACACACAAGCUGCGCCCGCGCGCUGCUCAGCAAUAAAAAUAAAAAAAAAAAAUAAAAAAUUCUACACAGAAAUUCUUUUCGAUCUUCUGCAAAUAUUUUUUUUUGUUUAAUUUUUUUCCGUUGCUAUUUUUUUUUUGUCUCGUGCCUACGCCGUGUGUGUAAAAGUUUCUGGUGUUGUUAUGUGCCCAGUGUCGGCGUGCAGCUAAUUGCAAUCCGAAAGGAAUCCAUUUGAAGCGCGUUUCUCGGUGCCUCGCUUCCUGCUGUGUCAUGUGGUGCCCGCUGCCGUUGUUGGCGCUGUUGUGCUGCUGCCUGUGCAGCCGCUGCUGGGCGCUAGAUGGCGCUGCGGCCGCUGUGGCGAAUCCCACAUGCAGCCUGAAGGACAAUUGCAAUCUGGGCGAGAAUCUGCUGUCAGUGAACGCUGACAGCGAUCCAGUGGAAUCGCACAUCGCCUCCAUAUUCGAGGAUAAGGUCAACUAUAGCCUAAAGCUGUUCGCGGAUGAUGCCAAUGCGGCAACAACAACAACAACAACGACAACUGGCAGCAGCACCUCGACCACGGUGCUGGAUGUGCUCCACGAUGCGCUCGCUGCCGCCAAUCUCAGCGAGCUGCACCACGCAACCACCACAACGAGCCGCAGCACCGCCAACUACACGCUGCGCCAAUUGAGCGACAAGCGCGAGGAUGACGAUCAGGUCGAGGAUGACGAACGCGUUUACUUGUACAAUAUUGGCAAACGAUUUCUGGCCAUCUCGCAGCCUUUCGAUGCGGCACGCAAUCCGGAUGCCUCGCCGCUGUGCCGCGCUCAGAUGCGACGCUAUUUGAAGGCGUUGAACAAUUUCGAUUUGUGGGCCUUGAAAAUGCACGAUGCCAGCGGCAAACUGAACUCGGGCAUACUCAAUGGCAACAUCAACCAGCCGGGCGACUUUGAUCAAUGCAUGGGCAUACAGCAGGCGCACGAUGACGUCACAAGCGGCAACAAUAACGAUGACACGCAGGCGAAUUCGCCGCUGCGCGGCCAAUACUGUUUGGCAUACGCACAGCCAGUGUUACCACAUAAAUCGAAACGUUUGCAGACCUUCUUUAAGCUGCUGCAAUCGCACGGGCCCUUCAAGAGCGAAUUCAAUGACCCGGGUCACCGUGUACCGCGCUACUCCCUGAUCAAUUGGGGCAUCUGCGUGCCAUCGGGCUGCACGUACCGCGACGUCGAGUACAGCGUGGCAGAGUAUCUGCGGAAUCAGACGGCCGCGACGGGAAUCAGCUUCAAUGUGCGUGUCGAGCCGCAGAUGUGCCAGGUGCGGGAUCCACAGCCCUGGGAUCGGAACACCACCUGGGCGGUGCGUUUCUUUGUGCUGGUCGUUUGCCUGGCGGUACUCUCCACGGUCUAUGAUCGCAGCACCAAGACGCAGCCGAAGCAGAAUGACUGGUGCACCGCCUUCUCGCUGGACAAGAAUCUGCGCUGGCUGUUCAGCACGCGCAGCUCGCCGGGCGACAUCGAGGCCGUGCAUGGCAUCCGAUUCCUGAAUGCGAUUAUGCUCAUCUUCUCCCACAAGUCGAUGGCCAUGUUCUUCAAUCCGUACAACAAUCGAACGGCCAUGUCGGAGAGUCUGGGUCAGCCGUGGACGGUCAUCGGACGCGCCGCCUCCCUCUACACGGAUCCUUUUCUCCUGUUCAGCGGCAUGUUGACCUCCUACUCGCUGUUCGGCCGUCUCAUGAAGCAGCAGCCCAUUCGGCUCAAGAAUGAGUACAUCAGUCGUCUGAUGCGCAUUGUUCCACCGCUGGCCGCCCUGAUACUCUUCUGUACGUACGUGCUGCCCCUCUGGGGCUCCGGUCCGCAGUGGAACCUGGUCGUGGGCCACCAUGCGGACAUCUGCAAGCAGCAUUGGUGGCGCAACCUGUUGUUCAUACACAACUAUUUUGGAUUCAGCGAGAUGUGCCUGACGCACACGCAUCAUCUGGGCAUCGAUACGGAACUGUUCGCUGUGGCGCCCCUCUUCAUCUUGAUCCUCUGGCGUUGGCCUCGUCGCGGCCUCCUCGCCCUGCUGCUGCUCUGCACGAUCGGCACUGCGGCGCGCUAUUACACAACCAUUGUUAACCAGCUCUCCAACUACAUAUACUUUGGCACCAACAUACAGCGGCUGUUCCGCACUGCGGACUACAUGUACUCGUUCCCGCCGCACCGCUCCACGGUGUACAUCAUGGGCAUCCUGCUGGGCUAUGCGCUGCGCAAGUAUCAGGGCGUCCAGCUGAGUCCGCUGCAGCUGCGUCUCGGCUGGCUGGCGGCGACGAUCUGUGUGCUGGCCUCGCUGCUGGGCCCGGCGCCGAUGGGACACAUCGAUUACGUCUACAACUCGACGCAUGCGGCGAUUUAUGCGGCAUUUGCGCCGAUUGCCUGGUGCCUGUUCUUCUCCUGGAUUGUCUUUGUCUCCCACAAUGGCUACAAGAAUAAACUGACCAGACUGUUUAGCUGGCGCGGCUUCCAGGUCUCCACGAAGCUCUCGUAUGCCAUUUACCUCACGCAGUUCCCCGUCUUCUUCUACAACGUCGGACGAAGGCGUCACAUACACCACUAUUACAACUUUGUCUCGAUUAUUCUCGAUACCAACGAAUUUAUCUCGAUCUUUUUGGCCUCCGUCGCGCUGACGGUGCUCUUCGAUGCGCCUUUCCAGAAUCUGAAGAAGCUGCUGAUCAAGCGACCCGCCGCCAACCAAUCGAAGGCGCCAGCGACGACGCCCAGCACAAUGCCAACUGGCACUGCCUUACGGGAAUCGGAACCGGAACGAAAACUGGUAUCGGAACCGGAACUUGUUCCACUUCAGCCACAUCCGCACGCCGAUUAGCCUGAAGCUCUCUUUGUAUUUGUAUUUUGUAAAUUUGUCUUAGCAUUUAGUGGCAAUGUAUUUAAUUACCCCGGAUAGCCUACCCUACCCCCCCCCCCCCGCUCUCUUUCAUUACCACUGCCUAAUCUGCCCGCCCCGCCCCCUACCUCCUUGAAUUACCGACCCGCCUAGUCUUAGUGAAACGCUUUAUACAUUGUAAAUUGUACAUUUAGUCAGAUUUCGCGUUGAGAAAAAUACGUUUUAUAUUAAUUUGAUAAUCUUCCUUGCUUUUCUCUUAUUUUUUUUUUUUGAUAGUCUUUAAUUAACCAAACACUGCUUAUUGUUGUUGUAAUCUUUGCCGGCAUUAUCUUUAUCGGAAUCCCGCUUUGCUAUAAAGAUUAUCAGCAUAAUACUAUAUAUAUAUAUAAAUAUACGAGAUAUCUAAUCUUAAGCCAGGUCGAUUGCGCUUUAUUUUAUUUAAUUUUUAUGAUUUUAUUAUUUUUUUGUUUUUGAUUUUGUCCUAAUUUAAUAAAAUCGUGAAGCACGUAAAUAUGCUGUACUUCUAUAA